CCUCUGUGUUUGUCCGUGUCACAGAUUAAAGCUAUCAAUCCGUUAGGAGUAUUAGUGUUCUGUGGGUACCAAUUAGUACGUCAGUGUCAACCGUGGUUCUAAAAUCUUCCAAAUAUCAAUUUGAACAGAAAAUCUAGAAUAAAUAGUUAACCUGCUACUCCAAUAUGGGCGGACACAGCCACGGGCCUCCUUAUACCAUCCCCAAGCACACCGACUUCCAAGUGAAAGGAAUCCCGCAACUGGAAGAGCUAGAGAAGGCACUGGCACAGAAAGGCCUGAAGGACCCCUGGAUCAGAAAUGAAGCCUGGAGGUAUCACCCAGGCUUUGGCACAAAAUGGCAGCGUGCCAGAAAACUCUUCUUUAGAGGCUUUGGUCUGGGGCUGGCUUUGACUGUAGCCACUGUGGCGGCAGAGCGCGCGGUGGGCGGCGGCGACGCGCACGGCGCUCACCACUAGACCUCGGCACGGGAGGGGCCUUGUCUGAUGGUGCUGCUGUUCACUGUAUAGUUUAAUAGUUGUAUGAUAUAGCUUAUUUAUUAUGUUUAGUAAUCAUUGGAGAUUUUCAAUGUGUUUGCUGAAACUACUCAAUAAUAACCAGAAUAGAAUAGAUGACAGAUAAAAUGUAUUUCACCUGUUCAAAAUUUAUUCUACGAGAUAAUAAAUAAUAAUGCAUGCAAAAUAUUGAUUUUUUUUACAUUAUUGUAGUGAUGUAAAUUGACAAUAUUUGUUAAAUUAAUUAAUGAGCGUUAUAAUAAAGCCUGGUCUGAGAAAAACCACAACAAA